GGAAAGAAGAAGAAAAAAAGAAGAGAAGGAAAAUGUGUGAACGAAGACCAGAAGACUUAGGAGACUAAGAAGAAGAAGAAGAAGAAAAAUCCCUUCAAAUCUCUCUUUCAAUUACUGCGAUUUCGUUAGGGUUUGAUCUCUUCACUUUCUCAAUCUUCAACUGAUUUCAACUCUCAAAGCCCUAAUAUCCCUAUUGAAUCGCCAUUUCCACCGAGAGUUGUAAGAUUUGUGAUGCUGAAGAAAUAAGGAAUCUCGAAGGUCUCGUUGAACAGAAAAAGGUAGAAAAAUGUUGGAGGGUCAGGGUGGUCCAAAGUUCACUGGAAUUAUUGGCCUAAAUAACCAUGAAAACAAUUAUUGUGAUAUGUCCCAAGCUCAAGGGUUGUAUUAUAAGCUUGGAGAGGGCACCAACAUGUCCAUUGACAGUUUUGCAAGCUUGCAAACAACCAACGAUGGGGGAUCGGUUGCGAUGUCUAUCGAUAACAGCAGUGUGGGCUCGAAUACAAAUGAUUCCCACACUCGCAUCUUGAACCAUCAAGGGUUAAAACGGCGCGCGAAUGACAACUACUCCGUGUCCGUGCAACAGAGUGUUAAUCGUCGAGGCAGAGUCAUGCAUGUUCUGAGUGAUGAUGCGCUUGCUCGAGCUCUAAUGGAUAACAGCUCCUUGACGGAAGGACUUGAAAAUUAUGAGGAGUGGACGAUUGAUUUAAGGAAGCUAAAUAUGGGGGAGGCUUUUGCGCAGGGCGCUUUUGGGAAACUCUAUAGAGGUACUUACAAGGGUGAGGACGUUGCCAUCAAAAUCUUGGAGAGGCCAGAAAACGACCUGGAAAGAGCUCAGCUCAUGGAACAACAAUUUAGCAGGAAAAAACAGCAGGAAGUCAAGAUGCUCGCUACUCUCAAGCAUCCAAAUAUUGUUCGUUUUAUUGGGGCCUGUCGUAAACCGAUGGUCUGGUGCAUAGUGACCGAGUACGCUAAGGGCGGUUCGGUUCGCCAGUUCUUGAUGAAGCGCCAAAGCCGCUCUGUCCCGUUGAAAUUGGCUGUCAAGCAAGCUUUGGAUGUUGCAAGAGGAAUGGCAUAUGUCCAUGCGCUGGGGUUGAUCCACCGUGACCUCAAGUCGGACAAUCUUUUGAUUUUCUCUGAUAAAUCAAUAAAGAUUGCUGAUUUUGGGGUUGCCCGGAUCGAAGUGCAGACGGAAGGAAUGACACCAGAGACUGGGACAUAUCGCUGGAUGGCUCCUGAGAUGAUCCAACACAGGCCUUACACACAGAAAGUCGAUGUUUAUAGCUUUGGAAUAGUUCUUUGGGAGCUUAUUACCGGGAUGCUACCGUUUCAGAACAUGACAGCGGUGCAGGCAGCAUUUGCAGUUGUGAACAAGGGCGUGCGUCCUAUUGUCCCAAAUGAUUGCUUACCUGUUCUCGGCGAGAUAAUGACCCGAUGCUGGGAUGCCAAUCCGGAUGUCAGACCACCCUUCACUGAGGUUGUGAGAAUGCUCGAGAAUGCAGAGACAGAGAUCAUGACUACUGUGCGCAAGGCUCGUUUCAGGUGUUGCAUGACCCAACCAAUGACAGCAGAUUGACUGCCCGACCCCGAGGAAGGGUCGAAAAACACAAGUUGCUGACUGCAUGAGAAAACGAGCAGAGUGAAGUUCCUGUUAGUGUGUUUGUCAACAUAUAAAGUUCGACCUUUUGAAUUGGAUUGAGGCAGCGUAAUAUUGUUAUUUGUUCAGUGCUGUAGAGCAUUGGAAAUGACGGUGGAAUCGCUGAAAGAACUAGAAAGAAACUGUUUGACAUGAUUGGAUGAAAGUAAAACCGCUAAACCCAGAUGAAUAUA